AUCAAAUACAUAUACAGUCGUAUUAUACGCAAACACACGCCUUCUGGGAAAGACUGUUAAUUUGACCUGUAAGGGUUCACCACCACCCUAACGGAGUAUAUGCUUGAUUAACUAACUGUAGCGAACAUCUAACGGUAAUUUGGGCCAUGUUUAAAGGUUUAGAUGGCAUGUACGAGACGGUAUGAGCUACAACCCUAAUCUCACUAGACUUUCAACACAGAUGAUUUACUUAUAACCACUCAAUCUGUAUCAUGAUUUUAUUCAAACAGUUAUAACAGUACUAACGAGCUGGAAAUACUGCACGGUUAUUAGUAAAGGUAACAAUAGUUAACAAACCUUUUGAAGAUGGACUUCACUGAUGAUAAUUCGAGAAUCAUGUAUCUACCUUUAGAAGACUUAAAUUCAGGUUUAUUGUCCAAAUUGGGAAAUGUUCGUCUGCUCAUGGUACCAAAAGAUGACAGAACUGCUUAUUCAAGCCUGUUGGGCGAGGAUUCUGAUUGGAUGAUGACUGAGAAAAAUGAACCAAGAAGCCCUCCACAUAUUCAAUGGCACCACCCUGCCUUUGAUUUCAAACAACGAUCAAAUGAUGAAACAGCAAAAUAUCGUCAAGAAUUUAAGUAUUCCCAAAGGGGGUCAGAGAUAACUGAAAUCCAGAUGCCUCAACAGAGUCCCUCCUUCAGAACACCCUCUGAUAAUAUAUAUGAUCAUAUCCAUCAUAACAUAGAGUCACCAAACAUAUUACCCGAUACAGUAUCACAUGGUGUAAAACACCAGGCAGAUAAAAUAAAACGCCAGUUAUUCUCUAAAGGAGAAUCCAGCAAUUCAGAUGACUUCGACACGAUGGAUAAUCUCUUGACGUUUAUUGAAUCAAGAACCACUCCUCUCCGUUCUCCGUCCACUGUAACGCCUAAUCAUCUCGCUAAUUCAUUUAGUCAUGCUCAUCACUGUGCUUGUGAUGGAUCGCACAGUAAUUUGAAAAGACGAAAACUUGAUGAAGUUUGUUUGACGCAACAACCACACUUUCACUCCCAGACAAAUCCAAAUUGUACUUGUUCUGUGAUGGCGGAACAUUAUCUACAAAUGGCAGAAGCAGCAUACAAAAAUAUACGACGUAAAGAUUCAUCGCCAGCUAGUUUUGAGCAGUUUAAACGAGAAUUAUGUCAAACUAACGACAUAUUGAAAGAAUCUGUCGAUAUUCUUACAGAUAUGAAAAAGAUGUGCAAGCACAUGGUUACUGAUAAUUUGUGAUCAGAUUUUAUAUUCAAAUCCUAAUUAUGUAGCCAUGUUACUAGUUUUUGUCGGCAAUUAUUUGCUACACCACACAAUACCUCAUCUGGUUAAACCUACUAACAGUACCUGUUCUCCUUGACAUAUGCGCAUACACCCACUGUCAAUUCUAUUGACUUUAUUUUUCCUGUUCAUAGUUUUAAAAUAAGUUUCGAGGGUGCAAUAGCCGAAGGUAAAACAUACACAAUAACUAUUUUUGUCAGUUAUUUUAAUAUUUUUGUCUUCUUGUCUAUUGUAAAAAAUAAUCCUUACCGCUUGAAAAAAAAACUUGCUUCAUGUUUUCUAUACUAAUUUCAUAUUUUCGUUCUAUGUUGUCCUGAUAUAUAUUUUUAACACUAGUUACUUGGUAAUUAUUCACUUCUGAUUGAGUUGAACAUACAUAAUGCAAGAGCUAAAUCUGAAUAUUGCAGGUCUUUCUUUAGGCCUGAAAUGUUAUAUAAACUAUUAAUUAGACAUUAAUUAACUUAUCCAAACCAAAAUCAACUCUCGAUGUCAUCUUAUGUGUCGGAUUUUCACUGGAUUGGAACCCAAUCUGCUGCUCAAUGCUCAUUGAUGAUUAAAUCCAAAAAUGAAUAAUCGAGACUAUGUUUUUAGGUAGGCUUAAAAUUCAAAAGUUAAUAUCUCGGUUCAUAGUGGAGCAAUAUGAUUGAAAUUUUCAAAAUCUUCUAUCUACGUUAUCUAUGUUUACCUCUUGAUAUAAUCGCCCAUAAUGUAUCUUUGAUAUUUAUUAUUUGAUAACAUGUAGGACUACAGAUUCCCCUGAGGUUGAAUGUUGGAUAUUAAUUUAGUACUGCCAACAUUCAACCUGUGAACUUUUCCCCCUUUUUAAGUAUUUAAUAUUAUUUAAUUAGUAUUUAUUAUCUUUAUUAUUAUUAUACAAGUGAUAUUAACAUUGCCUUGGAGCAUAAUUAAUAAUUGCACAGUAAAAGAAUAACAAACUGACAUGAACUCGUUGGUUGAAGUAAGAUUUUAUGUUUAAAAAUGUAUACUAUUUUUGAUGUCAAUGUAAUUUUAUAUUAAAGAUUCCUACAACCAACCAAUGUAAAGUAAAGUAAAAGUCGGGUGAUAAAAAGUGAUUUAUCGAAAAUCAUAUUUGCAUGGUGGAGAAUUGUUUUUAUGUAACUGUCUUUGCGUUUCCAUCAUGGUGGGCGUUCCCUCUGUCUCCAAUUUUCAGUAAUUGACAUAAUAAUGGAGCGAGUGAAAGGCCAAGAUAACUGUUGGGACUCAAAGUUCUUUUUAUGUGUAUUUAUUUUCAAUUUGUUUUCAGAAAUUUUGUUAUAUUAUUAUUGUAUAUUUAUUAGCAUUUAGUUAUGAAAUAUUGUAUUAUUUAUUUAUUUAUUUAUUUAUUUUAGGAUUGCCGUCCAAAAAUACAAAUUCAUACAUGAUUAAUGCCAUAAUGUCCGUCAUAUGAUAUGAAUAAAAUAAUUUAUGCCAUUAACAAUAUAUACUGUGUCUAUAAGUGCUAGUGUUAAUUUAUUUAAAAUGUGUUCACAUAAAGGGUCAACAAGAAAUAUAGUUUAAGAAUACACAUGCAAAUAUAAGUAAAAAAAUUGUAGAAAAAUUAUCAGAUUUCAAAUUCAGUAGUUCUAACUUAAGACAUGACUAUGUUCAGGUUUACGAACUUUUCUAGUGAUAUCAAGCCACCAUCUUGACUGCCGCUGUUUGAAAUAUAGAUUUCUUUUUGUCUCCCUGUCUAACCUUUAGCCCCAGACUAGAUAAAUUAUAAAAUACACAUCCUCAGACUAGAUAAAUUAUAGAACACAUAUUUACCAUCGACGUCAAGAUAGCGUAUUCUGUCCUACAUUUUAUAUUUUCAAUGUCAUAUUUGUGUUCAAUUUAAACAAUGAAUACAGUUUCUAACGUAUUGUUUCUUUAAUAUAAUAUUAUAUUUGUUUUCUGGUAUUAUAUAUAAACAUAUACCUGUGUUAUUUUUAUACGAAUGUGUUUACUUGUUAUAUUAUAUAUUUUUCUGUUAUUAUAAAUGAGCACUGUUAACCUGUAUGUGUAUUAUAUUGAUAACGGCGUGUUCACUUAUUAUAUUUUUUUCUGAUUUCUGUUAGAAGUAAUAAAUACAUAUCAUAAGUAAACCUUUGAUAAAACGCGUGUGUGAUACAUUAAAAAUUUGGUAAUUUAUAAUAUUAAAAAUUGUCAAAAUAAAUGGAUUGUGAGAUAACAUAAAUUGUGUGCGGUUUGUAAGAGUAAUUGUAAAUGUUGAUCAUUGUUAAAGAAUAACAAAA